AUGGAGCCUGCGUCGCAACCCCCUCCCCCCACGCCAACAAACCUUCGCUUCACCCUCGAGCUGGAGUUUGUCUCCUCCCUUGCCAAUCCCUACUAUCUGUCCUACCUUGCCGUCACCUAUCCAAACCUCUUGGGAGUCGCCCAAGCCGACGAUGAGGACGAAACUACCUCGGCGCCCGAUGCCCAGGCCUUCGCAGCUUAUCUAACCUACCUCUACUCCUACUGGAAGACUCCGGAAUACGCCCAGUUCCUCACUCAUCCUGGCCCGACCUUACGCGCCCUGCGACUGCUUCAGGAAGACCAGUUCCGCCGCGACAUCAUCCUGCCUCACGUCAUUGAGAGCUUGGCUGGGAACUUGCCUGCCGAUAACCAGCCCAACGGUGUCGAAUCCGACGAGAAGCUGGAAGAAGCGAACGGGACUCAGACGUGA